AUGAGCAUCUCCAGUUCCAUCGGCACGACUCUGUCUUUUCUUAGUUUAAUAUGGGUCCCGGCCACACUGCUAUGUUGCUUGCCAUGGGUUCAAAAACAAAUGCUUUAUCUCCAUAAUUUCACCUUCUUCCCAGGCAAAUGGUUGGUACAGCCCGAGAGAGCGGGAUUUCUGAAAAACCAGGUCGUCCCCUUCCGCAUCACCUCAAAAGACGGAGAGCGGCUUUUCGCAUGGCUAAUAGCUCCAUUGGGGGUAUAUGCUAGAAAUUCCGACGCCUUCAUACAAGAGAAGACAGGCACCGAUGUAGAGCAUACGCUUGCAUGGAGAUUGCUGCGUGACGAUCCAGAAGCAAGACUCCUCAUCUAUUUCCAUGGCAACUCUGCUACGUUGGCACAAGAGCGCCGUACAAUAGAGUAUCGCUCGUACUCUGCUGGGGCGUCUGAGAAGAUGUUCGUCUUAGCAUUCGACUAUCGCGGCUUCGGCAUCUCAACAGGCGACCCCUCGGAGAGUGGCUUACUGAACGAUGCAGAGGCUGUAGUUGACUGGGCUUUGAACACCUGUCUUAUACCGCCAGAGCGGAUUGUGCUCCUCGGACACUCACUGGGAACGGCGGUCGUAUCCGGCAUCGCACACCGUUAUGCGACCAAUCUCGGCAUUGAGUUUGCAGGCCUGAUCUUGUGUGCAGCCUUCACGAAUGCUGGCAACGCAUUCUCUUCGUAUUCAAUCGGUGGAAUUGUUCCGGUUCUUGCGCCUGUAAAGGUAUUCCCUGCCUUCCGAGCCUGGUUUGCCCGUAGGAUGGUAGACACUUGGCGAAGCGAUGACCGACUGGCAAUAAUGGCGCGGACUUGCUCGAGGUUCAAGUUGGUCCUCGUUCACGCCGAGAGUGACCAGACUAUGCCAUGGCACGAAACGGAGUCGCUGUUCCAAUCGACACUUCGGGCCGCAAAGGACGCGAGUCCUAAUGAAGACAAUCUCAAGAGUCUUGAGGUCGUAGAUUUGGGCGAAGCCGGUAGACAAGAGGUUUGGCAGAGCAAUUCGCGCAGCAUCUCAAAAACGAUUGCUAAGCACGGCGGUACGUACUCGUCCUGA